CAGACGAAACAAAUUCGAGUAUUAAUCAACUCAUGAGUUUAACCUCAGGAGACCCAAUAGUUGCUAUAUACAUUGUGAUAUGAAUUUGAAGUGGCAUACGAUCGAGAUAAAAAUAUGAAGGAGAGAUGAACAUAUGUAUUUGGUAAAAUAAAAUGGGGAGAAAAUAACUGAAUGUUGGACAAAAACAUGUGUGGAGAGAUGCUCCUGAGCAAAACCCUGUUUAAGCAACUUAAUUUGGAUAAAAACUGCAGUUAUAUAAUAGACAUUCCUGGUGCUUAACAGUCUCCUUCAAUCAUGAACAAGUAAUAUUUUUAAUUUUGGGUGACCAUGGAUUCUUAUUACAUGUAUAAUCUCUCUCUCAAGACGACCUACAUUUUGUGGCUUCAAUAUAUAUACCAGAUUGAUGUAAAUUUCAGGUAACACAAAUGAAUCAAAGGGCCUGUUCCAUUCUUACCAUAAAUGAACUAAAAAAUAAGGGAUUGUCAUGAACACUUCACAGGACAUCACAUGGGAGUCUUCUUCUGUUACGUCACUACUACCCAUGUAAGUAACUAUAUGUUCUAAUAAUGCAGGAGAGAGAGAGAGAGAGAGAGAGAGAGAGAGAGAGAGAGAGAUAAUCAAAUGAAAACUUUCAACAGCAGUGUUGAGGUCAUAAACAAAUCUAGAAUAAAAGGCCAACUCAAAAAUCCAAGAAGCAAAUAACAUGGGAGGUCCUCUCAUUUUGUUUUUACUCUUCAAAAGACCACGGCCCUCCCUCUUUCUUUCUUUCUUUCUUUCUUUUUAAGAAUUGAAGCUCUUGAGUGCAACUUAGCAAGGGGUCCCAUUAAUUCAAGCUCUGUUCAUAAUAACAAGUCACUUUCCAAAAGACCUUUUUAUCAACAUCACACACACACACACCUUCCCCUUUUCCCCAUACAUGAAGAAAUGGACGGUUCAUGGAGCAUGAAAGCAAAACACCCCAAACCCUCCUCUUCAAUUCAAUCUUCUCCAUCCCUCUUUAUAUAUAUGUUCCUAUACUCCUCCAUUCCUACAUAACAACCUAAAGCUAGCUAGGGAUACAUAUUUGGUAUUCUAGACUAUACUUACAAAGCAAAUAAUAGAGGGUGUGUUGGGUGAUGGUUGGGAGGUCUAUUUUCUCUGUCCUUAAAUAUCCAUCUCCUUAACCAAACCCACUUGCAACUUCUGCAACUCUUCCUGUUGCCAUUUUCAACCAAAAGAUCACUCAACUCAACAAUGGUGUUUUUCUUUGCUAGCUAGCAGAAAAACCAAAAUUCAACUUGGGGGUUUUUGCCAUUUGUUUUCCAUCUUUGCAACAAUGGAGUUCCCAAAUCAAGCACCUGAGAGCUCUUCCCAAAGAAAAAUUGGAAGAGGCAAGAUUGAGAUUAAGCGGAUUGAAAACACUACAAAUCGACAAGUCACCUUCUGCAAGCGCCGCAACGGCUUGCUUAAGAAAGCCUAUGAGUUAUCUGUUCUAUGUGAUGCUGAAGUUGCUCUUAUUGUCUUCUCUACCCGUGGCCGCCUGUAUGAGUAUGCUAACAACAGCGUUAGAGCAACGAUUGAUAGGUACAAAAAAGCAUGCACUGAUUCUACGAACGGUGGAUCUGUUUCUGAAGCUAACACUCAGUUUUAUCAGCAGGAAUCAUCUAAAUUACGAAGACAAAUCCGCGAAAUCCAGAACUCAAACAGGCAUAUACUGGGUGAAGCUCUUAGCACUUUGAACAUCAAGGAACUCAAGAACCUAGAAGGAAGACUGGAGAAAGGGAUCAGCAGAAUAAGAUCCAAAAAGAAUGAAAUGCUGUUUACUGAAAUCGAAUUUAUGCAAAAGAGGGAGAUCGAGCUGCAAAACCAUAACAAUUAUCUGAGAGCAAAGAUAGCUGAAAAUGAAAGGGCACAACAGCAGCAAACAAAUAUGAUUCAAGGAACUUCUUAUGAUCAGUCAAUGCCUUCACAGUCAUACGACAGGAACUUCCUCCCUGUAAUGUUGGAGGCCAAUAAUAAUAAUAAUAAUAAUAACCAUUACUCUCGCCAUGACCAGACAGCUCUCCAACUUGUUUGAAAUGCCGGAAUGCCGUCUGAUGUUCCAUUCUAUCCUUUGAUCUGUUUUCCAUAAAUCUAUCAGAUAAUUGACUGUAAUUUGAUGUAUAUGUUUGAGAACCAGAUUGGCAAUGUUCUCACCACUCAGUUCAAUCAGAAUUUUCUGCAUUAACUACCUAUGAUGUACCCAAACUCUAAGAUAAUAUAUUAAAUUUGAUUUUCUCACCCCAA